GCUGCUCACCAAUCUCUCUUGAAUAUACUCUUAUAAAAAGUUCGAGUGUUUUUUAGCUGCUGAGCAGGCCAGAUAUCUCUCUCUCUGUCUCUCUCCCGAGUAGUGAGCAAUCAAGAGCGUGAGAUUGCCGAGGUGAAGCCAUCUCUGCUCUAUUCGUGAAAAUCCUUAACAAUCGUUCACUUUGAUCUCUGAUCUCCCUACUGAUCUUCCAAUGGCUCCAGCAGCUGCAGCGGCUCCAGACUCAAUAAAGCCUCGAGAUGUUUGUGUUAUUGGUGUUGCACGUACACCAAUGGGUGGUUUCCUUGGUUCCCUUUCUUCAUUAUCAGCUACCAAGCUUGGAUCUAUAGCAAUUGAGUGUGCUCUUAAAAGAGCAAAUGUUGACCCAGCCCUCGUACAGGAGGUUUUCUUCGGAAAUGUUCUAAGUGCAAAUCUGGGACAGGCUCCUGCUAGACAGGCUGCGUUAGGGGCAGGAAUACCUAAUUCAGUGGUGUGCACAACUAUUAACAAAGUCUGUGCAUCUGGGAUGAAGGCUACAAUUCUUGCAGCACAAAGUAUCCAAUUAGGUAUCAACGAUGUUGUUGUGGCUGGUGGCAUGGAAAGCAUGUCUAAUGCACCUAAAUAUAUUGCAGAAGCAAGGAAAGGAUCACGGCUAGGUCAUGAUACUAUUGUUGAUGGCAUGCUUAAAGAUGGUUUAUGGGAUGUUUAUAAUAAUUUUGGAAUGGGAGUUUGUGCUGAACUAUGUGCAGAUCAACAUGCAAUAACAAGAGAACAGCAGGAUACUUAUGCUAUUCAGAGUUUUGAGCGUGGUAUUGCUGCUCAAAAUAGUGGAGCAUUUGCCUGGGAAAUAGUUCCGGUUGAAGUUUCUGGGGGUAGAGGAAAACCAUCCACUGUUGUUGAUAAGGAUGAAGGUUUAGGAAAGUUUGAUCCUGUUAAACUGAGGAAGCUUCGACCAAGUUUCAAGGAGGAUGGAGGUUCUGUUACAGCUGGAAAUGCAUCUAGCAUAAGUGAUGGUGCUGCUGCAUUGGUGUUAGUAAGUGGAGAGAAGGCAAUUCAACUUGGACUGCAAGUAAUAGCAAAGAUAACAGGAUAUGCUGAUGCAGCUCAGGCACCUGAAUUAUUUACAACGGCUCCUGCCCUUGCAAUUCCAAAAGCCAUUUCAAAUGCUGGUUUGGAGGCUUCUCAAAUUGAUUACUAUGAAAUAAAUGAGGCCUUUUCGGUCGUGGCUCUUGCAAAUCAGAAAUUGCUUGGCCUUAAUCCAGAAAAAGUUAAUGUGCAUGGUGGAGCUGUAUCUUUGGGACAUCCUCUAGGUUGCAGUGGAGCUCGUAUCUUGGUCACACUGUUAGGAGUACUGAAACAAAAGAAUGGGAAGUACGGAAUUUCCAGUGUUUGCAAUGGAGGAGGAGGAGCAUCUGCCCUUGUUGUAGAGCUCAUGUAAGCCUUUUACACUUGGCCAUUUGCGAAAGUGGGACCUUCAUUGCUUUGAAGCCUAACCUUUCAGUUGUCGUUGUAAUGGUUAGAUGUGCAAUUUUUUUUUAAUAUUCUUGUCAUCUUUGUUCAUGGUUUCUUCUUAAACAAUUGUAUUAGGUCUUUCAGAAAAUAUAAGGUCCUAGAUUAAUGAUCCAUAUCAUCUAGCCUUUUUUUUUUGUUGC